AUGACCUCAAAUUUUGAUGUUUUUGCGGGGGCCGUUUCGAUUGCCGGCCGCGUCAACGUCGACGUGGUGGAUGAACAGGAGGGGGCCCUACUAACUGGCAACUUUGAAAUCUCUGAAGUGGCGCAGAAGGUCUCUGAGGUCGCACGCGGUGAGUACUGUGGCCCCACAGUCAUAACCGGAGGUGCUGAAUGCUAUGACGGCCUCACCCUGCAAUUAGCUGGCAAGGGCAAUGACAUCAAGGUAGUUGUUAAUGACGUCAUGCUAACUGACGACCACGGAGGCGCGGUACCGGCGGUCAAGAAAAAGUUCACUUCCGGCAAAGUGCAAGUUGAAGUGCUGGAGGGCGGCACGAGUGAGAGCAAUCCUACCGUCAUCUCCCUCAAGUUUUCGGAGCCGGUCACAAUGAAGUGGGUUGCAGAGUAUGUGGAUGACCCGAGCUUUUCUUUUGGGGAGGCUCGCAGACCCAGUAUUCAAUUCACGUCAGAUGCCUAUAAACUGCUGGCCAUGUCGGACUCUAUAGAUGCGGCCGCAGCCGAGAGCAAACGUCUUUCGCGAGAGGUGAUUGGACGUGCAGAGCAGAGACUGACCGCUCAUGAGGGUCGAAAUCGUGUUGCCAGCCGCCAACUUGCUCAAACAGCCAUUUGCCACGCGGAGAAUAGGUUCUUUGAACAUGAAGCUCGUUCAGUGCAAAAGCUGGAUUCUGUAGCCCCCAGGACAAUGCAGGCGCGCCUCUUUACCCCCGCCAGCACAGAACGUGCCCAAGUAAGCUUGACGAAGUCUCUGGAAGGCAAAAAAGUGCCCAUGAAUGCUUCCAGUUUCGCCGACUCUGGUAUACUCGACCACCCUAAACCAAAGGCCGGUGGACGUCCGCGGAGCUAUGAUGCCUCAAGCGCCAGCACCACCACGAGCUACAAGGACAUUGCUUUCAACGCACAGGAACACGCAAGCCGACUGACAGCUGCCACAGCCCACUGCAAGGCCGAGGAUGGCGUAGUUGGUAGUUCCAACUCCGCGGUUUGGGGCUUGAUUCCUAACGUUACCAGCCUGGGGACUGGAACGUACUUCGACGAGGAGACCAGUGCCACAGAUCCCCCGACGACCUCUUCGACCGGCCCCAAGAUUCGGGGAAGGGCUCAAAGCACAGAUGUCCGAGGCAGUCAAACCCGGUGUGUGCAUGCGAGGCAUAUGAGUUGUUGUCGGCAGCAGAGCACCAGCAGUGGCCAAAGCAUCACUCUGAUGCAGUCACUCGGUAUGACCGCCAGUAUGCUGCGUUCCUAUGCAGCCUCCACGGAGACAUCGGAUGCACAGGCGUUUUUGCCCUUUAUACAACUAGUAGAGGAGAUCUCUCAAAGGCAGAGGACCAAGCCAGAGGAAGCGUUGGAUUUGGCUACCUCAAAGCGGCUGCAGACCCUUUUGGCGGUGGCCAUACAGAGGUUCUCGGCGGUUGAAGUGCCACCGGAGAAGUGCGACAUCCGUGUGCGUCCGUGCAGUCAUGCGCGGGAUCGGUAG